AUGGCCGACUCCAACCCCGAUCCCAAGCCGGCCAGCUCCGCCGCUUCCAAAUCUCCUCCUGCAGCGGCAGCAGCUCCUAAACCUCCCAAACCUCCUGCUGCUCCCGCCGGCAACCCGGCCCUGCGCAUGCUCGGCCUGCCCAACCUCCCGCGCAAGCUCCCCUCGCGCAACUGGCUCAUCUUCUGGGCCGUCACCGGCACCUUGACCUCGGCCAUUGUCUACGACCGCCGCGAGAAGCGCCGCGCCACCGCCCGCUGGCGCCGCGCCGUCGAGCCCCUGUCGCGGGAGCUCGUCGCCGCCCCCAACCAGCUACCGCGCAAGCUAACCGUCUACCUCGAGGCGCCCCCCGGCGACGGCCUGCGCGUCGCUCAGGACCACUUCAUCGAGUAUGUCAAGCCCGUCCUGGCCGCCUCGGGUCUCGACUGGGAGUUUGUCCAGGGCCGCCAGCAGGGCGAUGUCCGCGCCGCCGUCGCCGAAAAGGUCCGCAGGGCGAGGAUGGCCGACGAGAGGCCGGGUCAGGAGCUGCCCAAGACGGACGAUGCGCUGGUCGAGGACCUGAGGAAAAAGAUGGGGGUGCCACAAUACGAGGGGGUCAAGGGCGACAUUGUCAUCGGGCGCCAUACGUGGAAAGAGUAUAUCCGGGGCCUUCAUGAGGGCUGGCUAGGGCCUCUUGAUCCUCCUCCACCACCGCCGCAGCCCGAAGCAGUGGUCGAGGCAGAAGCGCCGACAACAGAGGCUUCGAUGGCGGAUGCGGCAACCGAUAAGGAAGAGGGCGACAAGGAGGACAAAAAGGAAGACAAAAAGGAGGAAAAGACCUCGCGGCCACCCCAGCCCCCGCCGCACAACACGCCCGACGACUACUCCUCGGCCAGCCUGCCCGCCCACAUCCCCGCCGAAUUCUCCCCCUCGGCGCCGAUCCCCUUCCCCCACCGCCUCGGCUUCACGCAGACGUUUGUGCGCCUCGGCCGCUUCUUCAACCGCCGCUCGCUCGCCGACCACGUCGGCCGCGACGUCGCCGCCGUGUGCCUGGCCGCCGGGCGCGAGUGGCGCGAGGCCGCCGACGGCCAGCACGAGCAGCAGCUCGCCCUCGCCCACGAGGAGGCCGACUGGCCCAAGAGGGUCUGGAAGGAUGGCGACGGCGACGGCGACGAGCAGGCCGACGACGCCGCCGUCGCGGAGCAACCAAAGGAAAAAAUCUGGACGGCGCCCGUGGUGCUCGACGGGCGUAUAGCGCAGCGCAUGAGGCGCUUCGAGAUGACGCCCGAGGACCAGGCGCGGGCAGCUGCCAUUGUCGUGCCCGAGGACGAGGUCGAGGGCUGGGUCAAGGGGAGCUUAAGGGGGCUGUGGCGAUGGGGCGCGAGGGCGUUUGAGAGCAAGCCCCGGGGGCCCAAUGUCGGGAACCUCGACGACGAUUGA